CAUCAAUCAAAAAACAAGUGGAAGCUUUAAACGAGAGAGAGAGAGAGAAAUAAAUGGCGACGUCGGGAACAUACGUGACGGAGGUUCCACUGAAAGGAUCGGCGGAGAAACACUACAAGAGCUGGAAGAGCGAGAACCAUGUCUUCCCUGACACCAUCGGCCAACACAUCCAUAAUGUCGUUGUUCACGAAGGCGAACAUGACGCUCACGGGUCUAUCAGGAGUUGGGACUACACAUAUGAUGGAAAGAAGGAGACGUUCAAAGAGAGGAGAGAGAUAGAUGAUGAGAAUAAAACAUUGACGAAAAGAGGACUGGAGGGCCACGCGAUGGAGCAACUCAAAGUGUUUGAUGUCAUUUACCAAUUUAUUCCCACAUCUGAGGAUAGCUGCGUCUGCAAACUCACUAUGCUAUGGGAGAAGCGCAACGAUGACUUUCCCGAACCAAGCGGCUACAUGAAAUUCGUCAAGCAAAUGGUUGUUGACAUUGAAGGCCACGUCGCCAAAGCUUAAUCAUCAUCCUCACUGAGUCACCGUAUAUCACUAUCUCGAUGUAUUAUUAAGGUGUUUUUAUCAAUAUAAUAAAUGUGGUCUUGUGGAAUUUCAAUUCUAUGUUACUGUUUGGUUUUGGAAGAUGCUUUGAUAAAUAUGUUGUUAUGCU